UGUCGUACUGUUGAAUCGGGAGAAGAGCUUUACCUUCAUCUCCUCGGUUUCUUCGAUAACAGUGGUGGCUUGCGUAUAGUCAUCAUGAUGAACGAAAACGUGACUAGGCAUCCAAAGCUUUCUGUUAUGCAACCGCUGACCUACUAACACACAUUCGAGGCCGGCGAGAGGAGAGUGUGUGAGUGAGUAAGAGAGGAAAACUGGAGCAAGCCCCGACAUAACAUAAGGACGAAGAGGGAGGGCGAGAGAGAGACACUGCGAAUGGCACCACAUUCAGGGAGUCACAUUAAUAGACACAAAGCCGGUGAGUGGAUCAUUACCCACGCGGGAUAUUUUCAGCACAAACUCAUGUUGUGAAGGGAAGAACGAUCAGAACAGGGACAGGCAACAGCAUACACAGCGCGGAAGACCGAUCUUUUGAAAAAUAAAAGCGGAUUAUUUUUGUAAAGAAGGGAAUGCGAUAUUUCACUUAGUGCUGGUAAAUUCCUCUCUCAUCCCAACUGGAAUCCUCAACUCCUCCCACACCCGAGCUCACUAUUUUUGGUUGGCACUAUAAUUUCUUCCCUGCUCAGGCGCGUUCUCUCUCACACACUUACGCGCGUGCGCGCUCACACACUCUGUUGCCGCCCCACUGACCUAUUUUACAGCGCAGAGUCGGACCAAGUGCGCGUACACAGAGUUUACGGAGCAGUCAGUUUCUAGAUCUGCUCAACAAAGACUGGUACAAAACAGUGAGCUGAGACAGAUCGUUAGGAGGGUGCCUGAAAAAACGAGGUCAUUAUCCGACUGUAACCUCAGCUUACACUACCUCCGUCACCCAUCAAUAACAAGAUCUAACUUGGCUUCAACAGUUUCAGGAGGAGCUUUGCCAAGUCCAAGUUAACAAACUUGUAUUGUCUUCAAUCAGACAGAACUGAAAGAAAGCUAAACAAAAAUAGGGCACAUUCCCUUUUCUGGAAAGAAAAACUCAAGAACAACCUAUCCAAUGACGGAUGUUUUUGUUGAAUUUCAUCUUUUUCUUAUCUUUUUGGACAAGAAACUGGACACUUGAACAUUUAAAAGACUCAUUAGAGAAGAAAAUAACAUCAAUCAGAACUCUUCCUCCUUGGAGGAAUACAGAACCACAUACGUGCAUAAGUGCGUUUUUAAAAUAUUAAUCACAAAUUAAUCCUCAAUUGUAUUACUUUAAAUUUCAAUGUCCACUCAGUGCCAGUUAUACAAACUGGCCUCAAUAAGAGCAUAAUGGAAAGCCUAAAUCUAUCUACCCAAAACAAUAGUGCCAGCUUGGAAACUUUAGAAACCUUCUCAAACUACAGCGAGAGUUUGCCAUCUCCUCAAAUCGCCAGCCCUCCACGUCAAGGCCGACUAAUAAAACCAAAACCCAACUCAAGCUGUCGGCGGAAACGUGAGUUCAUCUCAGAUGAGAAGAAAGAUGCGUCCUACUGGGAAAAACGACGCAAGAACAAUGAGGCUGCCAAGAGGUCAAGAGAGAAGCGCCGGAUCAAUGAUAUGGUGCUGGAGAACAGGGUUUUAGCACUGAACGAGGAGAAUGUGCGACUGAAGACCGAACUCCUGCAAUUGAAAUUGAGAUUUGGUCUCAUAAGCUCUGCCUCUUAUAUGGAGAAAACCCAGCAGAUCAACAAUGACACCGAGGUGAUAGCAAAUGGUGCUAAUGGUACCGGAGUAACCUCUGUAAAUUCAUACUACUCAAGCAGUGGAUAUUCCAGUGCUUCUCAGGUAAUGAUGAACUCUGAUUCCUCAGAGGCUGAGCAGCCUACCAGGAGUGAACGGCACUCAACAUUACCCAAGUACUCCCCCCGUGGAUCAUUGUCCGACAUGUCCGAUGGAUCAUCGCGGGACAGCCCUGAACCUAUAAACUAUGACAUCAAGCAUGAGAGCUCUGGAAUGGAUAUCAACAGGCUUGAGGCAAGUGUUCUUAACGGCAUGUAUAAUGGCCAUCAAUGUCUUGCACAAUUAGAUACUCACCAAAUGCAAGAAAUGGAGCAACAAGAAGAGAUCAACACCGCAGCCCCUCCAUCUGCCACUCCCCAGAGAAGUGUCAUCCUUUUCCGUUCUGGAAACAGCUCCUACCCAGUAGAGAGCCAAAAUGUUGAGGACAUGGAGCAGCAAGUGGUGUCCCAACUGCAACAAAAUGGACAAAUCGCUAACUUUACUCAAACAGGGUGCAGUCUAUCUAUCAGACAUGAUGGUUUAGAGACUCUUUCAGAAGUGGCACAGCAGCUGGCCAGGAGGUCUUUGAAUUCACGAAAUUGUGAGUACACAAAUGGCAAAGCAGAUGCCAGGGAAAGCCGGCGGUUUGUCAUUCAGAAACAUGACCUAAAUGUUCAAGGACAAGGUCAGGUGCAGGAGAGCACCCUAAAUUCUUUUGCCCCAGAUCUUCUCAAUGAAUCUGGAAAAGCCCAGCUAUACCAGUGCUCAAAUGCCUACCUCGACACUCUCAACGAGGAGCCCCCAGUGCUCACAUAUGAAGGCUGCCCAAGAACAGAUGGCUUCUACCAAGAGCACUCAUUUUCAGGCAAGGAUACCUCCUCUAGUGACGGAGACCCUCGCAGCUCAGAUAAGGAAGCCUCCACUGACGAUGAAUCACCCUCAUCCUCUUCCUCUGAUACUGGUUGCUAUCAUGCCAUUCAUCAGUCAGCACCCUCACCAACCAUGGUCACCAAUGAAGGUUGCCAGUUUGGAGACAGCCAAGGCGAAAUGAAAGGCACAGCGCUGCCACACAAGCUAAGACUCAAAUACAGAGCAUUAUCCAACGCCGGCUCCCAGGAUGUCCACAAUUCAGCUUCAACAGCUGCUACAUCACCCGAUUCCAUUCUGCCUCAGCACCCGUACCUGGCACUAGCGCAGGUUAACCAGCAGCAAAGCAGUGGUUCUGGAAGCAGGGAAGGGGAGAGUGAAGCAGCAGAUGAACUUUGCACACAACAAUCUCCAUCCAGAGAGAAAGAGGAGGGAAGGAAAGAAAAUGGGAAGAGGGGCUCAGGUGGGCGAGGCAGAAACAAGAAACGUGACUGAUACUGUUACUAAGAUCCUUUAAGUAGAGUUCACAGUAAGACAGGACUUGAUAAAUGUCAUUUUUUACCAUCCUAUAGAGGGAAAAAAUAAAGUUACAAUUACUUGCAUGAAAGUCUGUUACUUAUACUUAACACCAACCAGAAAGUGUAACUUGUGUUCUUGGUCUGUUUUCUAAUCAAGAACAAUUGUGUGACCUUUUAAUGCAGCUCUGUUCUUUCAGUCUUUCAAAAGCACUUAAUAGUUACAAAGAGGAAAUUGAGAUCUUUUUUAAUGAUCUUUUUCCUCUUUCAAAAACAAGCCUACAAAGUGACUCUGUAUAGAAACCUUUGACUCCUUUUUACAUAUCUCGGCCAUGUUUGGUAGCUUAGCUCAAUGAACAGGUAGUUUCUGAACCCAGUAUGUAGUUCUCUCCACAAGUUCAUGGAUUUAAGGACACAAGUACUUUUCUCCCUACUGAUUUCAGAAAGAAAACCUCAGUUUUAUACCUGUCUCACUCUUCUCCUCUGCCUUUGGACUUUAGCAUUAUUCAAGCACUUGGAUUACAUAAUACUGUGACAUGACUAAACAUAUCAUAUUUCAGAAAAUGUUAUGAGAAAAAACAGCAACAUGUCAAUCUUUAAGAGUAGAAAAGUGGAAGAAAGUAUAUGAACAGUCUACUUUGGAUUCCUGUAUAGUCCUGUAUGUUCACUAUGUCUGAUGUUUUCUUUUAUAUUUUUAAGUCAGCAUACUUAGCUCACUGUAUCGCAUCGAUUGAAAAAUACCUGAAUGUUCUUCUCAUAGUGUUUGUCAUGCAUAGGUCAACGCUAACUAGUGAAAAUGACUUUUCACCUCUUGUCCAUCACCUUACUGUAUUGUAUCACUGUAAAGUAGGCUGAUGGAUUGACCCUAUUCAAAGGUCACUGUGACCAGUUUUUUUUAUUUUUAUUUUUUAUAUUGCGAUCUACCUGACAUUUACAAAUUUUUUAGUCAAAGCCCUUUCAGAAAUGUCAAGGCAGCCUCUUCUGAGACUGCUAACAUGCAGACUGUACAAUGUGUAAGAUAUAUCAUUGCCAUCUUGAGAUGGUCAUGUCCUAUGUGGUCAGGUUUCAGAGAUGCCUCACAUGCUACCUCAUAAGAAGAAAUAGUUGAGGUUACGAAGAACUGAAGGGUAUCUCUUCUUCUUAAAGGGGAAUGAGACUUGGUGCGUGUAGCCCAUUACAUUGUCAUACCCAUCAACAGUUGCGUAGAAGUUGCCACAGUAAAAAGAGUAAGAUGCUGCACUCAGUAGAUGGCCACAAAUUUAGUCCCACUAGUUGUCUUUGUAGAAUUUACCACAGCUAAAAGCUGCUUCUGCACUGAUGUUUUUCUUUCUUCAGAUUUUAUACAAUUUGUGUUUAUUGUUCCCAAACAGGUGCCUGGCACUGGCCACUAUGUAAAAAAUGUACAGACAAAUUCUCUUUUUUUAGUUUGUAUCAAGUUUAUUUUGGCAUUCUAUAAUAAUAAUAAUUAUUAAUAUUGUAUUUUUUUUUGUAUUCCAAUCCAACUAUACUUUCUGGAGGGGGUCUAUUUUCUUGUGUCCAUUGUACAUUCACCUCAAUGUGAUACCGUAUGUAUGUAUUUUCAUGUCCUGUUCAUCUAUUUCAACUCUGUAUUCUGGUGUAUUGUUUGGUAUUUACUGAAGUUUUCAGAAAGAAAAAAAAGUUUGUUAAAAAAGGAGGGUGUACCUGUCAAGGUCCUCAGAAUGACACUAAAAGAGCGACAAGAAAAAUAAAACAAGUUGUAUGUUAAUUUUAAGCAAUGUAAUGUCAUUAUUUGAUUUUGAUGUAACCCUUUUGUUUAUACCUACAAAGCCAUGCUCACACAUACAAUUAAAGGGCUCAUGACUGCUAAUGACUUUUUAAUCAUUUUAUAAUGUUAGUAAAGUUUUUUUUUGCACCAACAGUGAUUUUAAUUGUCCCCUUUGGUGUGCAGGAAUAGUAGGCCUAUCUGUCUUUCUCCCUCCUCUUCACCUUUCCGAUUGAGAGUCAUUGGGCGGGCCAAAGGUGCCAUGAAGUAAAAAUAGUCAAUGAUGUCUUGAAGUGGAGGUGAUGACGCAUUAAUGAAGGUCUCCGUGUGACGUUACAAAUUCGCGGAAGUAGAAAACGAGGCAUUUUUGCAGCUUGGUUUCAAAAAAGCUUUUUUUUGCAUUGAGGAGGAAGUUUUGAAUUCUGAAAUGUAUUCAGUGCAGUAUGUUUGUAUUGUACAAAAACUCUUAUAUGUCAAAAGCUCAAGGAAAAUGUUAUUCCUCA